CAUUUUGUUUCCUUCUCAUUUUUGACCUUUCUUCAGCCCUGCAAAGGUAUAUUGCUUUUUGGGCCUCCUGGAACAGGAAAAACACUUUUGGCAAAGGCACUUGCAACAGAAGCUGGAGCAAAUUUUAUAAGCAUAACUGGUUCUACUCUCACAUCAAAGUGGUUUGGAGAUGCUGAGAAGCUCACCAAGGCCCUUUUCUCCGUCGCUAGUCGACUGGCUCCUGUAAUAAUAUUUGUGGACGAGGUCGACAGCUUACUUGGUGCAAGAGGUGGUGCACAUGAGCAUGAGGCAACGAGAAGGAUGAGAAAUGAAUUUAUGGCAGCUUGGGAUGGUCUAAGGUCCAAAGAGGACCAGAGGAUCCUUAUUCUUGGCGCAACAAAUCGCCCCUUUGAUCUAGAUGAUGCAGUAAUACGGCGUUUACCUAGGAGGAUAUUAAUUGAUCUGCCUGAUGCCAAGAAUCGAAUGAAAAUUCUAAAAAUUUUACUUGCCAAAGAAAACCUGGAAUCUGAUUUUAGAUUCGAUGAACUCGCUAAUGCGACUGAGGGUUACUCUGGAAGUGAUCUGAAGAAUCUAUGCAUAGCUGCAGCAUAUAGGCCAGUCCAUGAACUUCUAGAACAAGAAAGCAAGGGAGACACUGGUAGCACGAAAACUUCAUUAAGGGCACUGAAGUUGGAUGACUUUGUGCAGGCAAAGUCCAAGGUAAGCCCAUCAGUUGCUUUCGAUGCGACGAGCAUGAACGAGCUAAGAAAAUGGAAUGAGCAGUAUGGGGAAGGUGGCAGUAGAAGCAAAUCACCGUUCGGGUCCCCACAUUGUUUUGGGAGCGUACGAGCCCAAAUUUCAUAG